AUGCUUUAUAAGCUUUUGCCGCAGCAAACAAACCGUGAAAGUACACCUACACCUGAUGUAGAAAUCGACCCACAAACCCUAUUUACGCCUACAAGGCGUGGCAAACACCUACUUGAGCAUGUUGGCACACCAGAAACAUCUCCUAAGUUACGCAAAUACCAAGUAUACAUCGACACAUGCCUACAAAAUGGUCAGCCCUUUGAUCAGGCAAUCCUGAGCAAGUACUUGCGUGGCUCAAUUGCCGUAUGUGUUACAAGUGAGCUGAUGCACCAACGCCUAGAUGUACAAGCACAAAUACGCUCAAUGCAAGAUGAACAGGCAAGCGAAGGCAAAACCCAGUGUAGGCUUGGUGGUGUUUUAAACCCAAGCCAACUUCGUAUGAUUUCCACUGAGCGAAAUAAGGCCUAUCAAGCUAAAGUGCUAUCUACAGCACAAACUGCCUAUAAGGAGCUUCUUAAAAGCGGAAAAUUCACAGGUACAUUUGAUCAGUUUAUUGAGCAUCAAAAGGUGUCAGGAGCGGUUGCACUUCGGGCUGUUCAGGCUCUAAAUGACUCACAGAAUAUGGCAAAUUUACUUAUGCAACAAAGACUAGAAGAUAGAGAUAGAUUGUUAGCAGCAGGCCCAUCUUUUCACCGUCAUAUUGGCACACAAUGUUAAUGAAAUCAUGAUUUUU